AUGUGGCUUAUGAAUGAAACCUGUCUGGCUGAUUUUAUCCUUGAAGGGAUCUUUGAUGACUCUCCAACCCAUGCGUUUCUGUUCUCUUUGACCAUGGUGGUCUUCCUGGUUGGGGUGAGUGGCAACUCCCUCACCAUUCUCCUCAUCUGUGCUGACCCUAGGCUUCACACACCCAUGUACUUCCUGCUCAGCCAGCUCUCUCUCCUGGAUCUGAUGUAUAUGUGUACCACCAUCCCCAAGAUGGCUGCCAACUACCUGUCUGGUAGGAAGUCCAUCUCCUUUGUGGGCUGUGCUACCCAGCACUUCUUCUAUGUGUUUCUGGCUGGUGCUGAGUGUGUUCUCUUAACUCUGAUGUCCUAUGACCGCUAUGUGGCCAUCUGCAACCCACUGCGCUACACCAUUCUCAUGAACAGGAGAGUGACACUCAUGAUGGUUGCCAUGGCAUGGUUGGGAGGAUCUGUAAACUCUGUCACUCACACCUUAAUCUUGAUGCACUUUCCUUUCUGUGGGUCUCGAAAAAUCCAGCACUUUUACUGUGAGUUUCCAGCUGUCUUAAAGAUAGUAUGUGGAGAUGUCACUGUCUAUGAAAAGACUUUUUAUAUCAGCACAGUCUCUUUUACUAUCCUUCCCAUUCUGCUGAUCUCUGCAUCCUAUGCCUUCAUCCUCCACAGUGUAAUUCAGAUGCGAUCUGCUAAGAGAAAUGCCUUUGCCACUUGUAGCUCUCACCUCACUGUGGUUUUUCUCUUUUUUGGUGCCUUCAUCUUCUCCUAUAUGAGGCCCAUAUCCCAGCACACUCCACUGCAGGACAAAGUUGGUUCUGUGUUCUAUACUAUCAUUACUCCCACCCUGAAUCCUCUGAUCUACACUCUCCGGAAUAAGGACGUAGCUAAAGCUGUGAGGAGAGCACUGGGGAGAGUCAGCACUCAAUGA